AUGAGUCAAGUUCAAUUUAGAAUCGUUGUGGGUUCAUAUGAACAUACCCUUCUUUGUCUCUCGGUAAGUAUUCCAGUUAAAAAGGAUGAGAAAGACGUCAGAGAAGCACACUUUCAACCAAUAUUUCACUUCCAGGCACAUAACAUGUCGAUCAGGGCUUUGGAUGUUUGUCGGAGAUAUCUCGUGUCAGGUGCAAAUGAUGAACACAUCUGUUUAUAUGAUAUGCAGAAAAGGAAAGAGCUAGGUACUUUGUUGAAGCAGCAGGGGUCAAUCACAAAGUUGGUUUUCUCAGAUGAGUCCAAUCGUUUGAAGGAUGAUAACACCGAGUAUUUAAGUCACAAGAUGGGAAAGUGGCUUUUGUCUGCUUCUGAGGAUGGAACAAUUUUGUUGUGGAGAGUCAAGGAUUGGGAGCAGUUUGGAACCCUUAAAGGGCAUAAAGCGGCUAUUAAUGACAUCAAUAUUCAUCCAUCUGGUAGAGUGGCCAUUUCAGUUAGUAAUGAUAGGACGAUCAAGCUUUGGAAUUUAAUGACGGCACAUAAAGCAUCUACCUUAAAACUUCGUGGUAAAAUUACCCUAGGGCAACUACCAUACUUCUGCAAAUUCGACAAAAAAACUGGUGGUGAUUAUUUUGUGGUUGGUCUCUCGACACGUUUACUACUUUAUAAAACAAGAGAAGCGAAAGUAUUCCAUAUAUUUACUUUUAAGAAAACAUUGAUGUGUAUCGACUUUCUUGUUAUUGAUCAGCAUCAAUAUUUGGUUGUUGGAAUGAGUGACGGUUCAAUCGGUUUCUAUCCGUUUGAUCCAGAAAGCCUUUCGGCACUCGAAUCCGAGGACGAUGAAGAUUCGCUGGUUUCUAAUAUUGGGGAGCCUGAGUUUAAACUUCAGGGUCAUGCAACAAGAGUGAAAGGUUUCUCAAUCUACCAGGAGAAGGACAUUGAGUCUGGUAAGGUGUUGACUUACCUUGUUUCAAUUUCAUCAGAUGGAAAGAUAGUCAUUUGGGAUAUGCAAAAACGGGAUCAAGUUGCCGUUUAUGCAACAAGUGAGCGACUGAAUGUUGUCUGCACCCUUCCUGAAUAUAUCGAGAAGGCGGAUACUAUGCAAUCUACUUUGGAGAAGGCAGAGGCUGUUUCAAAUGACAUGAAAGAUAAAACAGACGAGGAAUCUGAAGAAGAGAAGAAGGAACUUGAUGAACUUGUGAAGAAAAGAAAGAGAAAGGCCAGGAAACAGAGAAAAAGAGAAAAGAGAAGGCUUAUGAAAGUCCAGAUAGAAAAAUAA